CGCAGUUCCGGGCUCCCAGCGGCGGGGUCCUCUUUCCCGGGGUUUCCACCUUCCUGGCAGCGGGGCGCCGAGGCGUCGGCUUCUCUCCGCGGCUCGCGUCGUGCUCCGGACACUCGCCCCCAGCACCCAGCCCCCAGCCCCCAGCACCCAGCCCCCAGCCCCCGAGCCCUGCUGUGGGUCGCACUCCUCUUCCGGCAACACACCCAUGGCGGAGCGUGGGGAACUCGACCUGACCGGCGCCAAGCAGAACACCGGAGUGUGGCUGGUUAAGGUUCCUAAAUAUUUGUCACAGCAGUGGGCUAAAGCCCCUGGAAGAGGUGAAGUCGGGAAACUGCGGAUUGCUAAGAAUCAAGGAAGGACUGAGGUGUCAUUUACUUUGAAUGAGGAUCUUGCAAAUAUUCAUGAUAUUGGUGGAAAACCAGCUUCAGUCAGCGCUCCUAGAGAACAUCCAUUUGUCUUGCAAAGUGUUGGAGGACAAACAUUAACAGUAUUUACUGAGAGCUCUUCAGAUAAGCUUUCAUUGGAAGGAAUAGUGGUACAAAGAGCUGAAUGCCGACCUGCUGCAAGUGAAAACUACAUGAGAUUAAAGAGACUGCAAAUAGAAGAAUCUUCUAAACCUGUACGGCUAUCACAACAACUGGACAAAGUUGUGACAACCAAUUACAAACCUGUUGCCAAUCAUCAAUACAAUAUUGAAUAUGAAAGGAAAAAGAAAGAAGAUGGAAAACGAGCUCGAGCUGAUAAACAGUAUGUCUUAGACAUGCUGUUUUCGGCUUUUGAGAAACAUCAGUAUUAUAAUCUUAAGGACCUGGUGGACAUCACAAAACAGCCUGUGGUGUACCUGAAGGAAAUCUUAAAAGAAAUUGGUAUUCAGAAUGUAAAAGGGAUCCACAAAAACACAUGGGAGCUGAAGCCAGAGUAUAGACAUUAUCAAGGAGAAGAAAAGAGUGAUUAAGAAGACUCCAAGCCAGCAUGCUAACAGAACAACUAAGGGUGAUGUGUUAAGCAUACGGCAUUGAUACUUGAACUUGAGCACCAUGUGUUAUAGGGGCAAAAUGACUGAAACUUUAAUUUCUCUAGGUAAAUUUCUUAAACAAUAAUUCUUGAAAAAUUACUGAAGUGAUUUUUUUUGUGUGUUGUGUUUUUUUUUGGUUUUUUUUUUUGAGGAGAAAUAACAAACUUAUUUAUAGACUUAACUUGUAUUAAACUAGAUUAUUCCUGAUGGGGUUAGGAGUUGGGGUUAAGAGGUUCUGUAAUUAAAGCAAAUCAAGGAAAUAACUAUCCAUUGAGAUAAAUAUUUUUCUGUAUUAUUCGUUUUCUUAACAGAACACUAGAAUGCUGAGAUUGAGUACCACUGUACUAGGAAAAUUUUUAUCCUUGCAUCCCCUUUGUAAAGUAAAAUUCUGAUUAAGGAAAAUGGUCUUAUUUCCUACUCUGCCUCCAGUUGUCUUAUCCUGCAUUGUUCUAGUGCAGGAACCAAAUCUUGUUUCACCAUUGCCCUCCAGUUCCUAAUUAUUUGAGGCUGAGUGUCAAGAAGCAGAUAGAUAAUGGUGUGAUAAAUCUGUAUACAACUGAUAAUUCUGGAUGCCUGUCAUGCUUGUUUUGUAGCACAUAUCUUCCCCCAAACCCUGUCUUUUUAUGUGUAGACUGCCCUGAAACACCUGGGUCGUCUACCCCUGCCUUUUGUUUUUGUGGUGACAGUGUCUGCCAGAUGCAGUGUUCCCAGCAGAGCUGUAUGUCAUUUGAAGUUAUGCUUUGGUAUUUCUUCAAACCUGGUUUUUUCAGGUUAAUUGUAGUUACCUUUUACCUCAUCACACUAUCUGCUUGAGUUUUUUAAAUACUUAGAGUUUCUUAAACACUUGUUACCUUUUCUAUAGGAUAGCUAAUCUCUGUGGUAGACUGGUGUCAUUCCUGAUUAAUUUUUUGGAAUUGCUUUCUCAUUCAAUACUAAAAUAUGGCUGUUGGUCAUGGAAGAGACUCCCUUCGACCUGGGUUUCCACGUUCUUUUAUUUCAGGACUCUCUAGCUCUGAUAAACAUGCUUUUGACCAGUGUGAGAUUGAGAGGAAGGCUGAUAUACAUCUGGCAAGAUGUCACAUCGUGAGGGCAGGAAGGCCAUAUUUAAUAGAUGAGAUUGUUAAACUCAGCCAGUACACAGGAUGUUUUAAUCCUACCAGACCUGAGGCCCUGAACCUAACUGUCCCCUAUACCUGGGUUCCUGAGCAUUAAAGAGAAAAAACCAACAUGAUAUAGAAAAAUGUUAGUUACAUGCAAACAAGUGGUUAGAAUAAGAUGGAACUUGGAGACAUUGUAGAAAAUAGGUCUACCUUUCAUCUACCUUUCAUCUAGCGCCAAUAUUCCUUCCACCUUUGUGUGAAAAUUACCGAAAAAUCGGUUUAGCGGUCUGGUAGGGUUAAUUGUCAAAAUGUAUGUAAUAAGAUUAUGGUUGCUGGGCAAUGGCAAGAUUUGAAAUUACAUGUUGCCACAGUAACUUCUAAAGAGAUAAAUCUUGCCCUAACUGGUUUGGCUCAGUGGAUAGAGCGUCGGCCUGCGGACUGAAGGGUCCCAGGUUCAAUUCCGGUCAAGGGCAUGUACCUUGGUUGUGGGCACAUACCCAUUAAGGAAUGUGCAGGAGGCAGCUGAUCGAUGUUUCUCUCUCAUUGAUGUUUCUAUAACUCCCUAUCCCUCUCCCUUCCUCUCUGUAAAAAAUCAAUAAAAUAUAUUUUUUAAAAAAUAAAAUAAAAUAAAGAGAUAAAUCCUAAAAAAUAAAAAAAAAGGUUUGCUCUAUUGUAUCACAAGCAGGCCGUGUGGAUUUCAGCAGAGUUGCAGUUGUUCCUUAUGGUCUGUGAACAAAUUUUCUCUGAAGCAUAUUUUGUUCAUUGUUGAUACAUAUCAGUGAAAUGAGAGGAAACAUUUUUCAGGUCCUUAUGUGCCUGAUAGUGUGUUAAAUGCUCUAAAAUAUCUCAUUGAAUCCUUAGAAAUAGUGCUGAGAGAUAAUGUCCAUUUUAUAGAACCUUUUCCUACCCAGCAUACAUACCUUCAUAAGUACUGAAAGAAUCCUGCCCUUGAGGCAAAGCGAGUGCCAGGGUGUACUUUCCCAGAAUCCGCCCCCGCCCUAACACCCCAGUCUCACCUCCAAACCAGGAAAGUGGUGCAGACAGAGUUGUGAGGGAGAGGGAGUAUGGCAUCCCUACUUGAAUUCAGACAUCUAAAUGUCCCUACCCACCAGACGAAGACUAACCUUUUAAAGUCAAGAUCCUUUUGCUAAAGUUUUAAUUCCUAUCAUGCUUCAAGUACCCAGGUGGGGUGUGUGACUUUAUUAGACACCCCCAUAGGACUUACGGAGCCCAGGGGCAGGUGGCAGGGGGGUGGGGCACUGAGCUGAAGGGAACUGCCUUAUGUUCAGCCUUCACUUGCUGCAGACACCCUUUUCGUCUCAAUACAUUGGCCAUCUUCCCUCUCAUUUGUAUAAGAGUCCAGGAUAAGCUGCUUCUCUUCUUUUUUUAAAAAAAAAUAUUUUUUUUAUUGAUUUCAGAGAGUAAAGGAGAGGGAGAGAGAGAUAGAAACAUCAGUGAUGAGAGAGAACCAUCGAUCAGCUGCCUCCUGCACGCCCCCACUGGGGAUCGAGCCCUCAACUCAGGCAUGUGCCCCUGACCGGGAUCGAACCUGGGACCCUUCAGUCCGCAGGCCAACACUCUAUCCACUGAGCCAAACCAGCCAGGGCUGCUUCUCUUCUUUAUGGUGUUUUCUUUUUGACAUUUGUCCAGAGCAGGUUCCUGAGCCUAAUAUCAUUUUAAUGUAAUGUGCAAGAGAAAGUAUCAGAGAUCGCUUCUGAACCUGAUUUUCUUCACAUAUUCCCAUUCAUUCUUCCUACUUUCCUUUGAGCAGGUGCCACCAUCCACAAUAGUAUGAUGUAACAUCUGACAGACAAGCAAUAAAAGUCUUCAAUAGUUUAUUAUAAAAAAAAUCACAGCUUUAUCCUGCCAGUGUGGCUCGGUUGGGUGUUGUCCUUUGCACCACAAGGUUGCAGGUUGGAUAUCCUGGUCAGGGCACUUGCCUGGGUUGUGGGCUCAAUCCUCCCUAGGGCCAUGCAGGAGGCAGCUGAUCAGUGUUAUGUUGUCACAUAGAUCUUUCUCUCUCCUUCUACCUUCCUCUCUCUCUCUAAAAAAAAAAAUCAAUAAACUAUUCUGUAAAAAAAAAUAGAAACGAACAGCUUUUGUUAGAAAUUGAUAUUGUUAGAAAUCAUCUAAACUUUUUAGUUGCUUUAUCUUACAGUUUAGAGUAGAUUUUGUAAAGUCACUUAGUCUUAAAUUUUAGGGUUUUAAAGAAUGAUUUUCCUAAAAUAUAUCAUAUUUUUAAAUGUUGAAAUUUGUAUUUAUAAGAUCUUAAAAACAUACAAGUUUUUUAUUGUUUUGUGGAAAUGUAAGUACACCAAAAGCAUAUGUUGCUGGACCAAAAACUUUAAUCUGGCAUGGUCAUGGAACAUGGUGGCUGUUAAUUAGGCAAUUAUUUAUUGGCCAUGAAUAUAUUCCAGGCACAGUGGAUAUAAAAGUAUUACGCAUAAGAGGUGUUCACAGUAGUGAGAACUACAAAAGGUAGACAGGGAACAAUACGUGAGGGUAAUAAAGUAUGAACUAAGUGUUGCAAUCAAUCAAAAUAUUCCAGUUAAUUCAUCAUGGCCAUUUAGACUCUACAUGGAUUUCCAAAUUUUAAAGCAUUUGAAUAUAGUAAUAUAUACUUAAUUUUAAAUCUUGCUUGAAUAAUUUAUCAAUAAUUAUUCAUUGAUAAUUUAUAAGCACAAAAGGAUUUAUAUAAUGUCUAGGAAUCAUUAUUAUGAAUUUAUAUAGUGGCUGUCUUUAAUACAUUGGUCUCAUUAAUAGAAUGCCAAAUUUUGAGUUUAUUGUGCUUGUCCUCUUGACAUUGAAGCCUUACUUCUGAUUGCCAUUCUAGUUUCUCUCCUUGAAUAAAAGCCUAUGAAACACUUUGGCCAUUCA